AUGGCGAUGAGAUCGAUGAUGUGUGGGUGGUGCAGCUCCCUUCGUGCUAUCACAACACACACUCACUUCCAAGUCUGUCUCCAUGAACUCAUGAACCAAACUGAGGUUCCUCUUGUGCGGGUGAAUGUCAACGAGCUCAUUGCUCAAUGGCGUGUAGAUAAUGAGGAGGACCGGGUUGAGAGAGAGGAUCUCGAACAGCAUUGUGGUGAAGUAGGGGACGAUGGCGAUGGUGACGGUGUGGACGGUACCGCCGGUCCAACCAGUGCAGAUUGCGGCACUGCUGCUCGUGCGGAUGGUGACGAGGAUGAGGCGGAUGAGGAGGAGGUGGCGACUGACAAUGAGGAGCACGAGGAAGAGGAGGGGGAUGCUGACGAGGACAUGGAGGGGGAGGAGAGUGAGGAGGGGAGCGGUGACGACUCCGAGGAGGAGGUGUACACUGGUGACGGAGAGGAGGCAGAGGACAACAACGCUGAGGACUAUGUCGACUUGAAAGAGGAAGGGGGAGGGCAGAUCCGGAGGGAAGACACUGCUGAGGAUGGUGUUGGCACCCUAUCCGCACACUCUAAUGACACACCACCCAGGGUUCUAACGAGGGUUCACAUGGAAGGGCAGCACCUCAACCACUGGAUCAUAUGGUUGCGGAAGUUCCAUGGUGGGGAGGUGGGCCCAAACGACCACUUCCGUGAAGGGGGGUAUGGAGUUGACAACGAGGUUCCGGACGGGGGCGUGAAAUGGGUAGGCGCGGACACUUGGCCAGUGCCGCCCACUGAGGGGGCGCCAGCGAGGAUGGGGCAGCAGCUGAUCAUACAGACCUACCCCAAGCGCUUCGACAAGGACCAUCUGCAGCGGGCCUUGUGCGAGUGGGUGGUUGCCACCAACCAGACAUUCACUAUGGUGGAGCACCCGACAGUGAGCCCACCACCAUACCACCUCACCACCCCCUUUUUAACCCCAAUUACAUUGAUCCAGCGGUUUUGCAAUCUCAUGGCAGCCGCCAAUCCCAAGUGUGCCGUGGAGAAAGUCAUUCCCUCGCGCAACACCCUUGCCCGCCAAAUCAUCCACCUGGUAGGGCUAGCAAGGAUCAAGCUCAUGGAGAUGCUUGCUGCUGACGGCAUAGGGGCUUUUGCCCUUACGCAUGACAUAUGUACCGGUGAGAAUCACCGAUCCUAUAUGUCAGUGACGGGUCACUGCCUGACUAAGAAGUUUGAGUUGCGGCAGAUAACCCUCGACUUCCGCACUAUGCCUGGCGAGCACAGUGGUGAGAAGAUCGUCGAGGUGCCGCUCGAUGUGGUGAAGGAGUGUAACUUGGAGAAGCGGUGCAUUGCUGAGACAUCCGACAACGCGUCGGCCAAUGUCGUAGCGAUGGAGUUCCUUUGCCGUGGGGGGCCAACCGACCAUCAGCCGCCCUUGAUUUUCUCCGGCAUGCACGUCGGGUACCUUAAGUUGGUUUACCUCUCGCACACAUGGUGGCAACUCUAUGCCACCCUUAGUGUUCUCAUGUCAGCAUGUGGUUUCUAG